AGGGGGAGGCAACCGCUAUCUUUUUUUUCUUCUUCUUUUCUCUUUUUUCCAUUUGUACCAACGGGCACAACUGGCUCAGGCUUGUUACGGACCAGUCCAACUUGAAUAGCGUUUUACCCGUUUUUCAUCUAAGUAGCCUGCAUCCUGGACAGUCGAUGAUUUCUUGGUGUCCAACACUAAACGUUUUGCGUACGCGGAUUUGGACGACUUGUGGUGGCUUUUGACAUGGAAGAGGAGAAAAAAAAUAUGUCGACGAGUCAAUAAACCCACCAUGGAUAGCCUACAGGUCGUCCUCAUCUAAGGAAUGGGAUUUUGUUCUGCUUAAAGCGACAUGGUCGAAGGAGGAAACCCAGAGGUGAGAUAGGGGCGAAAACUGUUUAGAAAACAGGCGUUUUGUCCUACAAAGGCGAGUAAUUUAGGAAGACGAGCGACAGAAAUAAAGAAGGCUUAAAAAUAUAUUAACUGGGACAUAUGAGGCCAGGAGAGGCGGGAUGUGGCAUCACCCCCCGCUCUGAGUGAGUGUGGGCAGUGUCGAGCUGUUGGGGACAACCGGUGGUCGCUUCAUCCAGCCUCCCACCUUCCCGAAGCUGCUAUUUUCCUCCAUAUGCUUGCCAAAUAUUUAAUAAUUUUUCAGUUUUCAAGUGCCUGUCUGCCCCCUGCUCCUCUCUUUGACUCUUCAAGUCUCGAAAUUAGGAAAAUUAAAGGCUGAAUCUAUUAAAAAAAAAAAAGAGGAAGAAGCGGAGGAGAGAAGGAAUAAGGCACCCAAGGAGCCGCCUAUAUGAAGAUGCUGAUGUGUGACCGCGGCGUCCAGAUGCUCGUGACGACGGUGGGCGCGUUCGCCGCCUUCAGCCUCAUGACCAUCGCCGUCGGCACGGACUACUGGCUGUACUCGCGCGGGGUCUGCCGCGUGAAGAGCAGCGGCGACAACGACACGAGCCGCAAGAACGAGGAGGUGAUGACGCACUCCGGCCUCUGGCGAACCUGCUGUCUGGAAGGAACAUUCAGAGGCGUAUGCAAGAAGAUUGAUCACUUUCCAGAGGACGCAGACUACGAGGCGGACGCUGCUGAAUACCUCCUACGUGCCGUUCGCGCCUCCAGUAUCUUCCCCAUCAUGAGUGUUGGUCUGUUGUUCCUGGGGGGGCUUUGUGUGGCUGCCAGUGAGUUUUACCGGAGCAGACACAAUGUCAUCCUCAGCGCAGGAAUCUUCUUCGUAUCUGCAGGCCUCAGCAACAUUAUUGGAAUUAUCGUCUACAUCUCAGCCAAUUCUGGAGACCCAGGUCAAAGUGACAGCAAGAAGUCCUAUUCGUACGGCUGGUCCUUCUACUUUGGCGCCCUCUCCUUCAUAAUGGCGGAGAUGGUUGGCGUGCUGGCGGUGCACAUGUUCAUCGAGAAGCACCGCAAGCUGCGCGCCAAGUCCCGCACCGAGCUCAUAAAGAAGUCCGCCUUCAGCCGCAUCCCCUCCUACCGCUAUCGAUUCCGCCGCCGCUCCAGCAUGCGCUCCUCCGAGGCCCCCAGCCGAGACGCGUCGCCGCUGGGGAAGGGCGGCUACACGGGGCCGGCCGCCUCCGAGAUGCCCAUGUACACGCUGAACCCGAGAGAAGCGGGCAAUGCGGGCGGCAAAGCGGGUAGCGGCAUGGGUGGGCUGCUCAACUCGGAGAGGGAUUUCCUCCAGAGCAGCACGCUCACUAAAGACUACAACAAGGACCCCAACCGCAGGACCACACCAGUCUAAGGGAAUCUGGCUGUAGAUAUCACCGAAUCAGAGUGUCAAAGAGGAGGAGGAGGAGAAAUCCAGUGGAAUUCCAAGCAAACAAACGGGAAUACGAAGGGUUGAAGGGAUUGGGAAGGGGUUUGAGUAACCCUGACUGUGAACUGUGAAAUUUUUAGCCUUUGAACUGUGAAUCCUUUGCGCUCUGAGAGUUUCUUAGUUGUGUAGCAGGGUGGGUUUUGAUGGAGAAGUUCUUCCCAACAUUCGUGUACAUCUGGUACACCUAUGAAAUUAUAUCCGUAGCCACUUAUAAAUGACAACCGUAGCAAUUUAGGUUCAUGAUUUUCAUGUUCAUAAACUGACUUUCUGACAUUUGUAAGGGGAAGAGGAAAGGACAUACAGAGUUGUUGUUUGGAACGACUUCUCCUGACAAAUCACAACUAAUGUGAAAUUGAGAAGACAGAAGGGAAGAGAAAACGUGCAAUCUUUGAACUUCACACCUCUCUCCUCCUGUCCCCUUGGGUAGCAGUAGAGGGGAACAGUUAACUUUCCAAGUGUGACAUCAAAUAGCGAGAAAGCUCAACUUAUCACAAGGCUUAAUUCAGUUUUGGAUCGGCUGAGUUCAGAAGAGAAAAAACAAUUUCUGCCAUUGACAUUUGUCGAAGUGAUUAUUUCUACAUUUGUUUACUUGUUUCAUAUGAACUGACUUCAAACUGAGCUGAAACUGAAUUGAGCCGAUUCCACGACUCCCAGAUUUGCCCCGAGGCCGACUGCAGAUCGGCUGCUGGAGAGCGAGCAGAAAAGGCAACUCAACAAAUCUUAACGUUCGAUCCGUUGGUGCUUCCUCUCAGCUGUGUUUUUUCUGCCACUUCUUGAGUUAUUUUUAUUUAUUUUUUUUACCUAAAAAGAAAAAAAAAACUCCAGACGACCAGAUAUCUGUCUGUCUGUCUGCCUUCACAAAUCACCUUUCGCCUUCCAUGUCUUUCCGUGUGGCCCCAUACUUCACCUCACUGACACCCUCCUCCCACCCUGCCUUCCCCGUACUUAAAGCGACAGUAGAUUUAGCUUUUGUCUUCCUUGUAGAGUAUAGUUAGGUUUUCUGGAUGUUAUUAUUUCAGGGUAACGUGAGGGAUGGAGUCAGUGUAAGGGAGACCGCUGAGCUGUGAAGUACACAUUAAGGCAGUGCCAAAACAAAAACAAACAAAAAACUAGAAAAGGACUUUUUGUGUCUGCCCGCUACCUCUCCUGUCAACAUCUUUAAUUCGAUAUGAUGUUGUUUCUGCUAGAGCAACUGUAAAAACUUCAGCUGCAUAAAGGACAAAAUGCUCCUUUAAUUGAAUCCAAUUGAGUGUCUUAUAUAAAAGGACUUAAAAUGUAUCCAUCUGUAAUUGCAGCAACAUAAUCUCACGCUGCAAAAUUUUGGAAAACCCAACCUUUAAUUUUUAUAUAUUUAUUCAUUAUUAUUGUUUUGAUAAAAUUGUUAAUUGCUCUACACAGUAUCUGUUUCUUCCAAACGACCUGGGUGUCUCAUAAGAGCGGGUUGCGUCAUGAACAGAAAAAUCUGCCGAAAGUUUGACUUUCUAAAAAUGUUUCUAGAUUAUGCUACUGCGGUUGGAGAUGAAUGUAUUUUAAGUUGUUUUUUUUAUUAUUAUUUUAUACUUUUGCCGUGGGAUGCCCAUUGUUAAGACCAGAUCUGAACAGAUGAAACCCAUCGCAACAUCCAAAAACGCGCUGCUUUCAUUUAAACGUGUUGCCCCACUCCCUCCCGUGUAAACAUGCUGUUUUAGUAACAAUGUUUGCAGAGGACUGAAAUUAUUCUGCAUUUCCCAGCAUUUUGGGGAAACGUGUUUUAAAUCAUUCCCGAAGACCUCUGACUGUCUAUAAGUCGCAUUUAAAGGCAAAUUUUGUCAAUUUAGUUAUAGAAAAUGCAGACUGCUGCCUGAUUUCAUCCAGAUACGUCAGAGUGCUCAAUUAUCGGCAGCCGUGAGAGGAUUGUGUUAAUAAAAUGUUUAAUAAUGCCGACUAACUGAUAAAAAAACAAAAACCUGUCUGUGCCAGUGAGAUGUUAUCAAGUCCUUAAAUAGAACAAGAAGAUUUAUAUUGCCUCUUAAUCUUCUAGCAUUUACUAAUUUGUCUGUACCUUUAUUGCUGAUAGCAGGUGUGAAAAGAAAAAGAAGCCAUAAAAAAGAGGGAAGAAUCUGGGUAGAGAAAGAGUUGUUCAGACAGAUCAUACAGCGCUGCGUUAAAAUAGUAUCCCACUCACAGAUUUCUGAUGUUUUUGUUUCUUUUUUUAAUUUUAUGUCUGACAAAUUAACUUGAGUAAAUACAAAAUGCAGUUUUCAGAUGGUGGCAGUGUGAUGGUCUGAUGGUCUGGGGCUGCAGCUGUUGCUUAAUCUGAACCGACCCGAAACAUAUCCACUUAUAAAUGGCUCAAUAAAAAGAGAUGCCUUGCACUGUCCUAGUCAAAGUUCAGACUUGCAUCCCGUCGAGAUGCUUAGGCAGCCUGUUCAUUUCUAAAAACCCUGCAGUGCGACUGAUCUGUGGCUCCUCAGGCCUUGAUGGCAGCUGUUGUAACUUAAUAAAUCUCUUUCUGUAUUUACUCAGGCUAUCUUUGUUUAGAAAUAAAACUCGUUAAGUGAUUAUGGAACAUUAAAGUGUGACUAAAAAGGAAAAACAGAAGAAAUCUGUCAGGAGGUAAAAUAUUUUUUUCAUAACAUUGUAAGAAAGCAGAAAGUUUCACAGCACUUUUUUGGUUUUCAUUCUGUUUACAGGACUUAUGAGUGAGAACAAAAUAUAUUUCUAAACGUGUUUCUUGCCUCCCAAAGCCAUCAUUGCACUUUUUUUUUUUUUUGUACAAACUAAAGAUGAAUCGACGCUGACCCGACACCGCCACACCCUGCUCUGAACAGUCACCGAUUCAAGAUCUCCUAACCGCAGUCAAACUCUUUAACUCACAAAGCUGCUGUUUCGUCUCCCGUCUCACGCCAUAAGGGGAGCACACGGGGACAGACGGGCGCCUGUGCGUGCUGCCCCUCCACCUAUGAAUAUUAAUUUUGCAAGCUAACCACAAAAUCAGCCGCUGUUGUGGGCUGCGAGAUGAGGAGGAGGAGGAAGAGGGAGGGGGGAAAAAACACUUCUCUCUAAGCAAGGGCUUUUAAUUUUUAAAGAACAGGAGCACACAAGGGCUUUUUAUGCUCGGCACUGCAGCAAUGUUGCUUUUAGGGGGUGUAAUCUUGGAGGGAGACGUGGAAAAAGCAAAAGACAUUUGCACAGAAACAACUGUUUUAAAACCAGCUGAAUAGCUUAGUGGUAAUAUAACAUGCAUUGAGCAAAAGAGAGGUAGAAGACGUUGCUCUUCCACCCAGCUUUUAUUUAUUUAUUUAUUUAUUUUUCAGUAGCUAGAGAAGAUAAAUACUGCCUUAAAGAAAUAUAGGAUAAUUCUAAGUUAUCGGAGUUAAGAUUCAGCGUACUAGCUAACUGCUCAGAAACAGUGCCAAAUAUUAGUCGAAAUGUCUCCCAUGUGUCAUGGUGUCCGGGUUAGCUUUAGGUCAUAGAGUCACUGCUGUAUAUAAUCGUUUUUCUGUGUAGGAUUUGCAGACUCAGCAGUCGUAGCUAUGUAGCUCAGCAUAACGAGGGGCCCCUCGGAUCCUUAGGGUCUGCUCGGCGCCGUGUUUAGUACUGCCAUCCAUGAGCCAUGUCAGCAUCGACCAUUCAAACCCAUGCAUGCCCACAUCCAUUCGCUUCCAGUGCUUAUAGUUGCUGUAUCUGAAAUCGGGCCUCAAACAGCACCCUGACCUCUGCACCCAAUCGGGACGCUCGGUUGGCACGUUGAGAACGCUUCGCCCGAGGCCCAAUCUCUGCGGAUGCUUACCCCGACGGAGCGCAGGGGGCUCUUUGAGACUCUCUUCCCGCCACCAUUCAGCUUUGAUACUCUGAUAUCAACAAGUAAUUGUAUUAUUAGUAAAAGAAUUAUUCUAAAGGUGCCACUGUGCAGAGGAGAACCAACUCUGUCACACUAUAUACUUAUAAUGAAUAUAUUCGUUCGAGGGGAGCGGGGUUGAUUAUGGGGUGCAGAGUUGGGAAGCAGGAGUCGUAGUCUUUCUAUUAUAUUAUUCUAUAGUUUCUUUUUCUACUUUGUCGUGGCUGUGAGGUUUUGUCGUUUCAAUCGCAUCGGACACCUCCGGCGGGAAAGAUGAGCGACGAGCCAGUGGACUGCUUGUGGACAAUGACCUCACCUCACUGGUGCCAGAGACUACGUUACCCAGCGAGACCUGCAGCACACGCAGACACUAACACGCAAACUUCACCUUCCUGUACCUAUAAGUUCCUGUACUUCUGAGGACAAUAUAUCCACACUCUAAAGCAAGAUGUUUAAAGCAGAAGGGAGUGAAACAGGAUACUAAGCCUGUUUAUGGUGACAAGUGAACAUGUUUAAAAUGUUUAGCGUUUACAUUUGAGUCUCUUCUUGGUGCUUUAUUUGACACUGUGGCAAACUUGGAAACAAUUAGCAGGAAAGCUGGCUUAAUUGAUUUGUGUUUCCAGAAUCAAGCUAAAACAUGAUGAGGCGAGGCAUGCCCAUCACUUUAUUUCGAUGGUAUAAAAGCAAGAUCCUACAAACAACUUCCCUUCGCCUGAGGUCUGGUUUAAACUGCCAGAGUCCUGUAUGAGGGCCAACAAUCUACGAAAUAGCGCCCAGCAAUCCUCUUUUAACCUGGGCUAGAAGUAUCCUCAUCUGACAACUGACAGGACACAUAUGUGCUUGGAAAGGCAUAAUGUGGUUUAAAAGUGAAAACAUCACACUAACCAAUGGUAUACCCCCUAAAGAAGACAAUACGUCAUCCAUUAUCACCAAAGCUUUUACACAAACCCACAUUUUUGUUGAAUGAGGGAUUGGCCAUCUCACGCUGGCCAAUCCCUCACCUGGUAUCCCGUUAUUUAUCUGGCAGCAGUCAUCAGCAUUCAACUGCAUUUCCAGUAGGUUCCUCUUAAGAAAGGUUGAUGAUUACGCCAAAUGUAAAAGUAGACAUGUGAGCCUUUAGUCCACACAAAAACAAUUUCUCCUCUUAAAAAGUGAAUAUUUAUGAUUAGACAGCCACUCUGCCUUUCUCUAACAGCUCAAAAAUAUUACUAAAACCAAAAGGCACAGGCAACGUGUUGAAAUAUUUGUCCUCGUUAGUACAGAAACAUAACCACGCAAGAAUAAAUACACAUAUAUGAUCACAAUUGCAUACACACAGACAUGAAGAGACAUGCACAGACACCCAUACUGAGACAGCACCCACCUCCCAGCUUUGCCCAGUGUGGUGCAGGAAAGAAGUGCGUGCUGCUCUAUGAGAAAUCACUGUGUCACGUUUAGUGUUUCUUUGGGAGAAAAACAACAAACUGUUCCCGACGAGUCGCCGUUGCGUCGACCCGAUAGGUGGAGCGUUGAGUAAACUGAGCCAGCUAAUCACACAUGGACAACCAGAUGAACUGAAAUGUGAAUUCAACGGCGUAGUUCUGAGACAAAAAAAAAGACUCGCUACGCGCACUCUACAAUUAACACUCACUACCAGCACACACUCUCACAAACACUGACACGAAUAUGGUUACAGUGUGAGGGCUUACAGGUGGAUUUAUGUGCCUGCAUGUUUGUGUAUGCAUGUUUUUGUGUGCGUGUACGUGUGUGUGUGUGUGUGGUGAUGUUUAUUUGCGUGUACGUGUGGAGUUAGCCUCUCCUCACCCAUGCACCCAGUGCCUGCCUAUCCUGCCUUCAAACAGCUCCGACAUCAGCUACGGGGCUUCCAGGAUAACCGUUUUCUGCAUUCCCACGACACAGUAUGGUUACGCUGGUUCAGAGCUAAAUGCCCCACUCAUUCCUAGGCAGUCGUAGCCAUACGAGUUGAUUAGGCUGCUUUGAUUUUAGUGAGUUCUGGUGGACUGAGUUUUUGUUUUACCCUCCUGAUUUGACAGGACUUCGUAGUAGCAGCCUUCUUCUCAGACCCGACUGUGUUUUUUUUUCUUGCAAAUUUCAGUCUAUGUCUGUUCAAUUGUAUAAAGUACAGCAGAAAAAUCCUCGCAGGAAAGGGAAAAGUCCGAUGACUCUGUCAAUGUUCCUAACACUUGGAUUCAAAAGGAGCAGUGUAGCUUUUACUAAUCUUGUAGAAUAAUGGACAAAAACUUUACCCUCCCAUAUUUGCUGACCCCAAUGGAUUGUCGACACAAAGCCAAGUGUGUUUGCAGGGCCACUCCAUGUUGCUUAUUUUGUUUCUGGUGUUAAAAGACACCAUGUCUUGGUACUGUCAUUGAGAGGAGGAUGUAAGUCUUUGAUUUUUGAAAAUUAUGUAGCUCUAUAUUUAUAAGGGAUAAGAAAUAUGGUGAUAGGUAGCAAGGUUUCAGUAGUUCCUGCGUUGCUUAUGGCUAUCAUGAAGAAGCAAGCUGAAUGCCAAAGCUGUUGAUUUACCCAUCCAUCCAUGUUCCAAGUCUUGGCGAUUGUCCCUAAAUAGACAUCAAGAUUCUCAAGAUCCCAUAUUCUGCCACCUGAAAUGAGCUGUGCGGUGGCUGCACUCAACCUUAUGGAUGCAAAACAAACAUUAAUUGAUAGACUGAUGCUUAUAGUAUCAAAUUAGAACAACCUGGUUUAACUUACAUUAACCAAUAGUAACCAAAACUACUCCCCAGAAAAAAACAAAUACAUUCCUGCUUAAGGAAUUUUGACAAUUUUAUAAAAAAGAUUUACCUGUUAAACAAUUUCAGGAUAUUUUAGCUUUUUCUACAGUUAUAGUAAAUGAAAUUAUUUGGAAACGUCAGUCCCCAAUAAUACAGCAGCCAAUAUUUAAAAAUGUAUUCUGAUCUUGUUGACUGAAAGCUUGUAUUUAUACUUCCUUGCAAAUUUUUAGUUCAUCAGCUAACAGAUUCCCUCUCUGCUGUUGUUACGCUGCUUUGACCUAAUACAUUUAUUACAGUAAAUUAAAUGGCGAUGAAACUACUAACGUGAUAAUUCUGUUGAAUUUAAUUUAGUCAAAUUAAAAAUGUAUAUGUCUUGCAUUGUUUUAUAUUUGUUUAUUUAACGGCCGGACACACAAAAUUAUUACAAAGAAAUUACAAUAUAGACUAACAUGUUUAGCUAAUUUUAGUGGUUGCCGUUCUAAUGAUGUAAAUUAUUCUGAAAUAUUUUUAGUACUACCUCAGCUGGAUUUCCAAGUUCGCCAAGCUUGCGAUAUGAAAAUCUAAUCUUUACAGGUCAAAAAGAUUUACUACUACUAGGCAUGUUUACCUUGCUGUGUGUAUCCAUGUCAAAGUCCAGCUAACAAAUUAUGAGGAACAUCACAGACAUAGCUACCUAUGAUUGAUGUUUCAUGAGCCGGUUCGAUAACUGCAAAUGCGGUUGUACAGCUCUAUCUGUAAUGUCCGAUAAGAGCUAACUUUGAGUUUAGCUAGCAGUGCAACCAGUGGCGCAGCGCGCGAGGGAUAAACCCACUAGCGUUAGCCUUAAAGGGGCUGCCGCCCAUGACUGCGCCUGUACUCAUAGCAUCUGGGGUUACAAUACGUAGCCAACGUUUUCCGCUUUACCUUUAAGGCAAAAAAAAAAA